AUUUCUAGUUCAGUCUUUGGAAUCCUCUUCGUACCUACUGUACUUAAUUCGUCUGAAAGCAGCGCUAUCAAAAAAACACAAAAUCGACAAGAACUCCAAAUACAACGAAUAUUUUUAUCCACGAAAAGCCUUACUAAAAAAGAAAACUACACGAAACCAAUCAUAUCUUCGAAGACAUAACUCUCGCUUUUUAGGCAGACAAACAGUGCGUUUAAGUUCUAGAAACUUCUUUGUAAGACUACUGAUUAUCAAAAUCCAGAUUCACUCCAUAUAGACAACGUCGAGCACUGGAUUUUUUGGAAAAAGAGGAUAUUUGCUGUUGAUACCACGUGAAAAAAGAACCACGCUUCAACAGUCUAUUAUUACCAAAGCGCUAGAAAUUUUCUCCAGAUCUUCACACAAAUAAACUGAAUAAGAUACAACUGAACAAAGACAAGAGAAAAGCUUGAGUUCAGAAACAAGUAAUACUUGUAAGAUUUGAAGACACGACUCGGGCGAUAGAUUAUCUAAGAUACAAGUAUUGUACAAAAAAGUCUUCGAGAUAUUUUUAAGAUAGUAAGGCCGAUAGAAGCACUUUUCUUUCUCAAACACUUAUUUUCGAAAAAAACCACGACCCUGGUGGCGAUUUUGAAACUACUUAUUCUCGACGUAUCUACUUUCGAAAAGCUAUUUACACACUACUACCCUGAAAGUAAGAAUUGUACACAAAACUUUUUCCAAGAAGAAAAACGUGUUAAAUCCACCCCGAUUUUACUAUCCACGACCCUAUUAAAGAACCUGUUUAUUGUUGUUCACUCUCUCUCUCUCUUUACCUUUUUCUUUGAAAAUGAUUCAACAGCAGUUUACUAAUUCCAGCCAGGCCCUAGGCCAAGGUGUCGAUGCGUCUGUGCCUGUUCCCAAAGGCUCAGCGAUCAACGUUCAUGUGGAGGGCAUCAGCUACGCUUACCGCUUCACGGAAGCAGAUUUGAAGAAAGUCUUUCAACGGUAUAAAAGUUUUUUUAAAAUUUCAAUGGCCUGGAGUAGAAAACAUCCAUUUUGUCGUGUGCUAUUGCGCUAUGAUCUGAAGAUGCAUCACAACCGUCAUGCCCUAUGCAGAUUGUCGCAAUACAAACACUAUCAGGUUCGGCUACGUCACCGGGGUGCAAGUGCAGGCCGAUGGUGAUUUAUCGCCAGAAAAAACUGUUUCACUGUGAACUUGUGAUGCAGAGAACGAAGCGCCAAAGUGUUUGUCUUGCUACACCUGCAUAGAGCAUUGGAGUUUCAAAGCGUGUUUUUCCUCGUGGGAAAUGCGCGCAUGGCAAAUUUUCCGUGUCAUGUGUAACAAAGUUGUGAUGCAGAUCUUGCAAAAUCACCACAGUGAAGCAGUUUUUUCGUGGGAUAUGACUCGGCGACCGUGUGGUUCCUCGAUGCCUGCGAUGCGAACCAGGCUAUCCGAGAGUUAGGAGGGAAGUCGCUGAACGGAGAAGAGGGGAAACUGAUGGUGUACUGGGCCCAACAGGAUUUGGGCUCCGUUGUUGGGUAUUUUUCAAUUGUUGAGGAUCAUUUAUUGAUGUUGGUUCUUCUUAUUCCUUGUUGUGUGGACGUAUUGAUUUGCAUGACAGACUUUGGAUUUUCGAUUUGUCCGCUUCUAUAUAUGCGCUUUGGAUUUUCGAUUUGGGGUUUUACUUUCUAUAUAUGCGCUUUUGUGCAUGACGAAACAUGUCUGUGAUGCUGAAAAGUAACGCAACGCAUGAUUGAAAACAGCCACGAGCCGAAUGACCCGAAUGCUCGACCAUACCGCAAGUACACCUGUCGCAUUGACAUCGGGCUCCAGAACGAAGAAAACUUCUCCGUCGCGAAGAAAUUGAUCGGGAUCAAGGUACUUACAUACUCGUGUUUGAGUGCAUGACAGAUUUCUUUGCUAUAUUGGGGACAACUUCGAGCAUGACAAAUUUCAUAUUUCUCUUGAAGCAGAUGCAGAUCAUUGCUUCGUCCGCAUUUAUUUCAUGCAAAUUCUUCUUCUACCCGCAGGGCGCCAACAUGAAGUUGAUUGUCCAGGAGACCGGCUCGAAACUUCGUCUCCGCGGGAAGGAUUCCGGGUAUUUGGAGGGCGAGGAGCAAAAGGAGUCGGACGAGCCUCUCCACCUCUGCAUCUCGUGCACCUGCUGGCACGGGUAUCAGCAGGCAAAAAAGAUGGCGAUGGACGUAAUUCAGCUGACGCUCCAGGAGUACAAGCACUACAAGCUGUCUUGUGGGUUAGAGUGCCAAAGGCUGCACGUGAAGGUAACCGAGCACCCGGUGAUUACGGAAAACACGAUAUUGUGAGGAAAACCCCCCCUCCCCCUAUUGAAGAGGUAUGUUUCUGCAAAUUUGUGUUGCCGAUUUGUGGUCACAAAUCACAUUUGUCUUGCAAGAAGACAAGUCCAGAAGUUUCCGCGCGUUUAUGGAAGCGAUUUGUCAUGCUGGUGCCCCUAAAGGGCAGCCGGUUGCAAUGCUGAACAACUAGACCCAGAUGCCUCUACCUAGGCUGGGGAUCUGGCCGCAAUGCCUUUCUGCAAUGCAAAGCGUAUUUGUGUACACAGAUCCAGCAUCAGAAGUUCCGUUUUGAUAUGGGGAGGGGGGAUUUUUCGUUUUGAUACGCAAACCGAUCGAGGAAUUUCGGCGGCAAAAACGGCAUGAAGUCACCCGCGAAGGGGUUUGGAAAAGGAAAUAGUAUUAACGCUGGUAUGAACAACAACAGCAAGACUCUGUCUCCGAGGAACACCGGGGUGACACUACACAACAGAGAUGAAAAUAACAAUUUGUCCGAGCAAAACCUCCAGACGACCGCGGCCUCGAAACGGACCCCGCAAUCCGUCGGAAUCAAGCCCGCGUACAACAUAUCCCACGAAAAAACUGUUUCGCUGUGGUGAUUUUGCAAAAUCUGCAUCACAAGUUUGUUACGCAUGAUACUGAAAGUCUGUCAUGCGGGGUUCGUAAGGGGAAACACAGCUAGAAAUCCAUUGUCUUGCGUGUGUAGCAUGACACACAGUUCUGCGAUCCAUUUUCUGCAUCACAUCAAGUUUACAGCGAAACAGUUUUUCCUCGCGAUACAACAAUUACGACGACACGACGACCCCGAUGCUGGGGCCCGACACCCCCGUGAAGCCGCCGAUUCUGACCCCGAUUUCCGGGUUUGGGAACGGAACGAAUGCGAGUGGUGCAGCUAGUGGGAACAACCUCCAGUUCGGGAGCAACCUCGGGGGUCCCAACAGCAACGGGCUCAACACGCCUGCCAACGCGACAGUUGGGCAGGCAACGACGUAUCGAUUGCAAAAAUGUCUGGGUCUGGAACAAGGUUGCAACUUGUGAUGCUAUCUUUGGAUUGUAAAAAAAUCUGUAUUGCAUCACGAGCAAAAGGAGUCCAGUUUGUGCUACGCGGAAACGGCAUUUCUCAUGCGAAAUACGCAUCAGGAAGGGUUCUAAAAAUCUGUGAUGCUAGGUCAUGCAUCACAGACAGUCAUGGGUCAUGCAAGACAUGCAUGACAAAGUUGCAAGAUCUUCCAGACCCAGACAUUUUUGCAUUUGAUACGACGCCAGGCGUGUCGACGACGACAUCGGCCCAGGCCCAGCAGCAGCAGAUGGCCUCGGCGCAACAGCAGUCGCAGUUGUCUAGUUCCGUAUCAAGUGCAAAUAUGUCUGGGUCUGGAAACUUGUAAUGCUAAAAGUGAAUGAUGGUUGGACGCACUGCAAUACGCAGCUAUGCAUGACAAAUUUCUUGGCUGCCAUGUCUUACGUAUUCCGCAUGGCAAACUGCGUUUUUGCAUGACAGGCAAGAGGGCCUUUUCGUGCCUAUGCAAUACAGAUUCUCGAGUCAUGCCAGACAAGCAUGACAAUCUUGCAUUCUUCCAAACCCAGACAUUUUUGCAAUCUAUAUUCCGCGUCGCAGAUGAACAACAAUCCGACACCCGGGAUGCAGUUGCUCCAAAACACGCUAUGCAUUGCAAAUAUCUCUGGGUCUGGAAAGUUGUGAUGCAAAGAAGGGAGUAGUGAGCACACAGUAAUGCGCUGCCCAGAUGACAAGUUUAUGCGUCCUUCAGAGUUGCGCACUCCGCAUCAGAAACUGCGUUUUUGCAUGACAGACAAGAGGAGCGCUUCGCAUGCAUGCAAUACAGAGUUGAGAGUCAUGCCAGACGGGCAUGACAAAUCUCGCAAUCUCCCAGACCCAGACAUAUUUGCAGUGGAUACACGCUGAACAGCUGCAACAGCUCCCUCACCAGCGGCUUGGGAUCCGGGAUUCUGCUGCAGCCAACCAUGUCUGUCGGUAGCUCGGUUACCACGACAAACGGUCUACUUUCAACUAUGAACUGCAAAAUAAGUAUCGUACUCGUAUAAAUGCAUGACAAGUCCUCAUCCUCUCAGCAUGAGAAAUAAAAUUUGUAAUGCGGAGUUACCUCGAGAAAAAAACUUGUAAUGCGUGACUGCAAUUACUACGAGCGCGAUACUUUUGCACAGGAUAUCAACAUCCGGACAACAACAAGGUCAACAACAGCAGCUCUCCGCAACGAACUUCAACGUGAAUGCCGCGAGCUUUCAACCCGGUAGUUGUACGAUACCGCAGGUCCCAGCGCUUCCCCCGAUGCCGCUGUUACCACCGGUGCCUCUGCCGCCUCUGAACGCGCAGGGGUUGCCGAUGGACAGCACCAGCCAGAUGAUGGGCGGUGGUUUUGUUCCAGGUGGCAUGGGAAUAACCAAUGGGUCAUCUUUCCCGGCCCCGUUUGCGACCCCCAUGGCAGGCCCUGCCUCUGGUACAUCUAACGGCAACGGCGGCGCUAUGGGCAGCACUUCCGGGUUGUUCCCCAACUUUGGCGCUUUCCAGAGUGUGAACAACCUUUACCCGAUGUCACAAGGAACACCGAUGACUUUAUCCUGAGUAAAAACGUCCCCACACCAGAGUCAGGAUGGGGAUUUUGCAACACAAACCUAGGAGUUUUGGGAGUCACGCAUGACAAAUUGCACUCCGCAGUGUAGUGCUGGUUAGCAAGUGCAGCCGCGUCACAGAUUCAUCUGCUCACUCUGUUCACAGCAUCACAAAUUCCAAAACACGAUUGGAAAUGGCUCUCAUGGGGAUGCGCAUUACAAGUCUUCCUGUCUUUGCAAAUCUGCAUUACAACUCUGGCGUGGGUACGUUUUUACUCAGGAUAGACUUUCGCGCAGGGACAGCCGUCGAGCGGAACCUAUGAAAUGCAAAAAUGUCUGGGUCUGGAAACUUGUGAUGCAAGUCAGUCAAAAGCAAAUGCAGUGUAAUGCGCCGCCAAGCAUGACAAGUUGCUUCGUGCUUCUGUGCUGCGUAUUCCGCAUGAGAAACUGCGUUUUUGCAUGACAGGCGAGAGAGGCUGUUUGUGGCCACGCAAUACAGAUUUAAGGGCCAUGCCAGAUCAGCAUGACAAAUCUCGCAAUCUUCCAGACCCAGACAUUUUUGCAUUGGAUAGAACCUCCGUGCAGACGACUUCUGCUCUCGGAGUUGGAGGUGUUCCAGGUAAUAUGAUGAACACAAGUCUGUCGACCAAUGGCUCUGGAAGUACCAGCCUCAACGCAGCCAGCGGCAACAGCGCCAGUGUGCUGUUUGCUUCGCCUAUCCAGGAAAAAAAGUGUGUAAGUGUAACUUUCUUUGAGGAACAGCAUCACAAAUUUGCUCUCCAUGACAGAGAAAACCUGUCAUGCAUGGUUUGUAAGGGAAAACACACAUGAAAAUAGGACUUCAUGGCUGUCUGGCAUGACAGGUGUAACUCUGUUGCAUCCUCUGCAACACAAAUUUACACUUACACAGUUUUUUUCUUGCAUAUCGCCGUCGAAGUUGGAGCACGCAGAAUCCUAUCAAAUGCAAAAAUGUAGUCUGGGUCUGGAAGGAUGCAACUUGUGAUGCAUGUUGCGCAUCAUACAAAAAUCUGUGUUGCGUGACUUGCAAAAGGUGCUCAAUUCUGGCCAUGCUGAGGGGGCAUUUCUCAUGCAGAACAGGCAUCACAAAGGGGCUGCAGAUCCUGUGAUGCUAGGCCCUGCAUUCCAGACUUAGUGGAGCUUGGAAAAACUGCAUGACAAAUCUCGGAAUCUUCCAGACCCAGACAUUUUUGCAUUUGAUAAAUCCUCGACGCCCUCAACGAUUGCGGACGAGAAUACCAUUUCUACCCGGGGGCAGAGUGGAGGUCCGGAAAAGGAAAAUCACCAAAAUAACGGGGACAAUGUGGUCCCGCAGAGCAAGCCGUACCGGCCACCGGUAAGGGAGCACGGGUUGUUGGAUCGAACCGGCGGCAGCCAUAUGGAUUGCAAAAAUGUCUGGGUCUGGAAGAAUACAAGGUUUUCAUGCUUGGCCGGUAAUAUAGAAAAGUCUGUGAUGCUUGUUGCGCUACAACGCCACUUGCUUGUCAUGCAAAGAGGCUAUUUGUCAUGCGCUUAGCGCUAGACAUAGCUGCUCAGACACUUGUCAUGCGCAGCGGCGCAACACAGUUUGCGGAACAUUCGGACAUUAGCAUGACAACUUUCCAGACCCAGACGCAGACAUAUUUGCAAUGCAUAAGCCAGACUGAGGAACAAAAUGAAGGUUUGCCGGCGGGGUGCCCAACGCCCACCGAGAUCGAAAGGCUGGUGGAGAAGCGGAACGAAGCGAGACGGGUAUUUAGUGAUGCAGUCAUUGCGUGCAUGACCACACAUCUUAUUUUUCCUAUUAGCUAAAGAACCAGCACGACAAAUUCCAUUCUGCAGUAUUGCUGAGCAAGUUUGUAUAAAAUGUAAUUUCCACCAUCACAUUGACGAUGACAUUCACAGGUCGGCAACUACAAGGAAGCCGACGCGAUUCGCCACGAGCUGCACCAGAAGGGCGUUGCGCUGAUGGACGAACCCGGCGGCCGCGGGCGCGGAAACGACGUAACCACUUGGCGCUACUUCGGACCGGGCUUCGAAAACAACCCCAUGGGGCCGCCGGCGCCGAACGCGGGUCGGGGCGGGAAAGACAACAACACGGGAUAUGGGUCUUACGGCAAGGAUUACCACCGGUCCGGUACGGGAGAGAGCAAAUUCCGGGAGUACGGCACCAGCAGCCGGUACGACAGGCGGGGUGGGGAUCGGGAGGCCAGUUACGCUUCUCGGGGUACUACUGCUUGUUGUGAUUUUUCGUAGAUGGUGAACUUUAUUUCUGGUUUAUUUGAUAAAGGAAGUAGACAACCUGUUCUACGCCUUGAUUCUGUGUGUGGCAUGCAUGGUGAAUUUCUCAUCUACAACUUUCUCUAGCUGUUUUGUGCAUGACAAAGUGACAACACGUCGUCGAAAAAUAUAACAGACUACAACUACCCUUCGUCCGGGCAGAAGUGGGGGUCCGCGUCCCGCGAUGACGACACCCGAGAGCGGCGAUGGGACAUAUGGAUUGCAAACAUGUCUGGGUCUGGAAGAUUGCAACUUGUCAUGCUAAAUCUGGAUCAUGCAAAAAUCUGUCUUGCAUGAGGGCCAAAAGUUGUUCCCUUCUGACCAGGUCGAGAGGGAGCUUUUUUUUCAUGCAGUAUAGGCUUGAUGGAGACCUCAAAGAAUCUGUCAUGCUGGGUCCCGCACUCCACACCUCAUGGGUCAUGGAAAAUUCGCAUGACAAGUCUCGCAACUUGUUUACUGACCCCGACAUGUUUGCAUUCGAUUGAACAGCAGUGCCAACCGCGCCGAGCCGGACAGCAGGUGGGAGGGGAAGAGCCGCACCUGGUACAACUCGGGCGAUCGGGCGCAUGAGAAAUCAGGCUCGAGUUCGUCCUGGUAUAACGCCGGGGGGAACACCACUUCGACCACCUACAUGGGAUAAGGAACCUCUUGUUGAGCUUGAUGUAGUUCAGAGGGGAGAUAAUGAAGACAGUUUAGGUUUACGUUUAUCACUACAUGAUUUACUCGUCCCAUUUGGAAUUCUUGUAUGAUGGACAUCAAGCCAGAAGUAGUAGGACUAGCAAUGAAUAAUACCACUAAAAUCAAAAAUCUUUUGUCGCAGCUCCUCUCGUGAAGACGUUAACUUCAGUAUAAUCGGGAGGACCAAAUUGUCCUCACAGUAGAGCAGCUCUAUGGAGGAGAACACAGCUUUUCUUAUUUUCGAUAGAAUCAACAACGAGGACAGCAAGGUGAAAUCCAGAUCAAACCGGGAGGCCGCAAUAGGCCUUUUUGCUAUAAUGGAAGAUUAUUCGCACGCGUGUGUAUAGAAAACUACGUUGGUCGUGUGCUGUGAUCCUGGUAGUCGAAAGUCUACAAAAAGUAUACAGUACUUCAAAACAUACUUUUCGACUGUACUAUACAAGACCAUCCGAAAUAAAUGAUGCUGUGAAAUCCCUAUGAAAGAGCAAAACCGAAGGCAUUCGUACUUUAGAAAGUGAAAAAAGGUGAAAAUGUUCCGACUGCUCCUGCUCCAAGCAGAUCGGACACCAAUCUCUAAAUAUGUAGGAAGUGAAAUUUGAAAAUUGGGUGCUGGUGUUGGCAACUGUAGCAGCUGGCAGCGGUGCAACUACAUCGAGUAUUAAACUACUUCUGUGGAUAUUUUUUUACGAACGCAUACUACGUACUAUGGACCACACUUUUUGCUCUUUGACACGUUGCGUCAUGUCAAAAACGCAGUAGAGCGGUCAUAAGUAUAGUCGCAUAUUGAGUCGCUAUGACAAUUAAAGUGGCCCCAUGACCUUGUUUCGGAGUAUUUACAAUCUGUUCGGCAAGCUCACGAUGCAACUGCUCAUGCCUCUGAAGCAUGGUUGUACAUGUACAUCGUCUAGCUGAGCAAAUUAUCCGGAGGUAGGCCCACCCGCGGAAUAUGUCCUGUCUAAUUAGAAAAUAGUUCUACAUGUAGGACUGGUGGAAUUCCGCAAAAAUAAAUAUCUUCAGUAGCCCGCGCUACAAAAAAAACAAAUUGGAUGAGAGUUUCUUCCCUGUCAAAUAUUUUCAGACGGUGAAAAAAAAACUCUCCUCUUUUUGAACGAGAGGUAUCUUUAGGUAGCACACGAAGACUCUUUUCAGCCGCUACUAUACUAGAACCUCUAUGUUUUCAAAAAUUUGCUGACGUAGCCUCUGCGAGAAAUGAGUAGCAUGUUGUAAAGUUUGCACCACGGUAAACUGCUAUCUUCGGUACGAAAGACAACUUUACAGAUGAAGUUCUUGGUAUGCUUUACAAAAAUCGACACCGUUAUUUCUCCAUGACAGCCCUGCACGCGGGUUUCCUGCGGUUUGAUCCGAAAAACUUCAGCGCCGUGGUGUAAGUACCAGGUGCUGUCAGUGCAAGAAAAAACUUGUAAAAUUUGGGAUUGAACAAGCCAAGCACACAAUCUUCACUGGGGGUUUUAGUACUUCUUCGUUCUUGAAAAUAGUAUUUACUAAGUCUAGAGGUACUGUUUGGGGAAGUGAAAGCACUAAGAAUAGAAGCCGAAAUUCGAAUUACUGUACCACAUACGACGCGACUGUAUAGCGAACUUUUUUUCCGCUAGGAUUCUCUUCUUCUGAAACAGAAGAGGCUCCCGGCGGAUGUAUCUUUUUUCUAGCUGGUUAUAUACUUAAAUCCACCUCCCAAGGAUGGGCUUCUGAUAAUGAGAACACAGCGCCGACUUAAAAGUAUGCUAGAACAUCAAGCCUAGGGACGAGGUCGUGGUCGCAACUUAAUAUCUCUGUCUACGCUGCUAGAGUUGUACGUAUUACUUAGCUGGGCAAGGUAUUAUAGUUUGGCCGAGGUUGUAUUUCUAUUUGAAGUACAAUGGUUCUAGUUGUACGAUUUUUUUUACGAUUUUUUUUACAACCUCCGCUGUGAGCCACAGUUGAAGGUUGGUAAAAAACCUUGUCCGGAUAACACGAUUUUUCCGUAAAGCGCUAUCUGGAUAAGGUCGUUGAGACUCUUGUUUUAUGAUCAGUCACUGACUUCUACACCUUGAUGAUCUUCUGAGACUUGUUCUUUACUGGGCGAUAACAAACGUCGACCCGGGAAGAGAUGAGAAGUACCGACGAAGAGACGAAGACAGCGAACACUUCACUGUGGCAAGCCGAAGCAGGAGGCUUGUCAGAAUGCUGGA